AUGCUCGCCCUCGCCAACCCGCGCCCCGCCGCCACCAGUGCCAACGGGUCUCGAAGCGGCUGCCGCCCACGGUCCCGCCGUUCAUCGACGCUGCCCUCGCACCUCCUCUCCGGUUACGCUAACGGGCCCGAUGCCGGCCACGCACCCAGUCGCCUGAUGCGCGCCAUGACAACGAGCACACGUGGCAGCCACCGGAGCCACGGCGGUGGUGGUGGUUCUGGAUGUGGCGUCGGUGCCUCGGCUGAGGAAGACGGCGAGGCCGAUAGCGCCGCUGCGUCGUUCGAGAACGUGUUGAUCGGCGGCGGCUGGGGCUGGAACGGAGGCGACGACGACGACGACGAUGCGAUACCGCUGGUGCCGCUAGCGCAGGCGCAGUCGAAAGCUGGGGGUAAGAUGAAGGGCAGGAUGAUGGAGCUGGAGCAGGACGACGAUCAGCAGAAGGAGAACACCAGCAGCGGUCGCAGGAGGAAGAGAGUGUAUCGAUACGUCAGCCACGGGAUUGGGGGCGCAGGAAACUUCCGCAGAGUCUUGACCAGCUUCCGCUCCGACAUCACCACCACGGACCCGAGCUUCGCGCGCAACCACCACCAGGCUGCAAAGAGCCAGCAGAAGCACCAGAGACAGGUUAGCUUCGGCCCCGACCCCGGCCCCAGCAGCACCAUUUGCGCUUGUUCGCGGUGCUUCAGCAGCGGCAGCAGCGGCAAGAACGUACCGAGUACGGGCAGUAGUGGUGCUAGCGGCAGGACCAGCACCGCCGGUAGCGGCAGCGCCACAGCACGUGCGUAA